AUGAUGGAACUUUUUAUCCCAGAGCAGGCCCGAGAGCACAUUAAAGGUCUUAGGCAAUCGAUAGGCCAGAGCAAACCAAAAGCAGAAAAAGAUCGAGGAAUGGAGAAUUCUAUGAGUGAAAAAUCUUGUCAAUUAUGUGCAGUUGAUAAGCUAAAUUUUGAACCUCCACCCAUAUAUUGUACUCCAUGUGGUGCUCGUAUUAAACGUAAUGCGACGUAUUAUACCAUUGGAGCAGAUGAUAAUGAGGCCAGUGGAGACACCAUCAUUGUUGAUGGAACCACCGUUCCAAAGGCGAGGAUGGAGAAAAAGAGAAAUGAUGAAGUGACUGAAGAAUGGCGGGUGCAAUGUGAUAAGUGUGAAGCUUGGCAACAUCAGAUUUGCGCUUUAUUUAAUGGUAGAAGGAAUAGUUGUGGGCAAGCUGAGUAUACCUGUCCCAAUUGCUAUAUAGCAGAAGUUGAAAGAGGUGAACGCAAGCCCUUACCACAAAGUGUUGUUCUUGGAGAAAAAGACCUGACUCAAAAUAUACUCAGUGAUCACAUUGAGAAACGAUUAGCUAGUAGUUUCAAGGAGGAACGUGAAAAAAGAGCAAAGCAUGAAGGAAAAGGUUAUGAUGAGGUUCCUGGAGCAGAAGGACUUGUUGUAAGAGUUGUGUCAUCAGUGGACAAGAAGUUAGAAGUGAAAUCAUGGGUUCUUGAUAUAUUUAAGGAAGAGAAUUAUCCACUGGAGUUCCCGUAUAAAUCAAAGGUACCUUCAUUGUUAUUGUUAUUUCAGAGAAUUGAAAGUGUGGAGGUGUGCCUCUUUGGCAUGUAUGUUCAUGAAUUUGGAUCUGAAUGCGCACAGCCAAAUCAUCGCCGUGUUCAUCUCUCGCUUCUAGAUUCUGUUAAAUAUUUCAGGCCAGAGAUCAAAACAGUGUCUGUAGAGGCUCUCCGAACAUUUGUGUACCAUGAGAUUUUGAUUGGAUAUCUAGAAUUUUGCAAAAAGCGUGGUUUUGCGAGUUGUUAUAUUUGGGUUUCUCCUCCACAGAAGGGUGACGAUUAUAUAUUAUAUUUCCAUCCCGAAAUUCAGAAGACCCCAAAAUCCGGCAAACUCAGAGAGUGGUAUUUAUCAAUGUUAAGAAAAGCUGAGGAAAAUAUAGUUGUUGAGCUCACUAAUUUAUACAACCAUUUCUUCAAAUCCAUGGGCGAAUGUAAAACAAAGGUUACUGCAGCUCGUCUGCCUUAUUUUUACGAUGACUAUUGGCCUGUUGCUGCAGAGGAUAUUAUUUGCCAACUUCAGCAGGAAGUGGAUGAGAGAAAGAAACAUAAGAAGGGAAUUAUAAGGAAGAUCAUAACAAAAAUAGCUCUGAAAGCAUCUGGUCAAUUUGAUCUUUCCGGCAAUGCAUCAAAGGAUCUGCGUCUAAUGCACAAACUCGGUGAAACGAUUUCUCCAAUGAAGGAGGAUUUUAUUAUGGUUCAUUUACAGAAGGCAUGCAGCCAUUGUCACAUUCUAAUGGUUUCUGGAAAUCAUUGGGAGUGCAAGCAAUGCGAGAAGUUUCAGCUUUGUGACAAGUGCUAUGAAACUGAGCAAAAACUUGAAGAUAUAGAAAGACAUCCUAUUAAUCAAAAGGAAAAGCACACACUUUAUCAAAGUGAAAUCAAGGAGGUACCUCAUGACACCAAGGAUGAAGAUGAAAUUCUCGAGAGUGAGUUUUUUGAUACAAGACAGGAUUUUUGGAGCCUUUGUCAGGAAAGCCAUUACCAAUAUGAUACCCUGAGGCAUGCAAAACACUCCUCGAUGAUGGUCCUUUGCCACCUUCAUAAUCCCACUGCACCAGUAUUUUGCGACAUUUGUUACCUUGAUAUAGAAGCUGGUCAAGGUUGGCGAUGUGAAGUUUGCGCAGAUUAUGAUGUUUGCAAUGCUUGUUACCAAAAAGAUGGUGGAAUCAAUCAUCCUCAUAAGUUGACUAAUCAUCCAUCCUCGGCUGAUUGUGAUGCACAAAAUAAAGAAGCUAGGCAACCACUAGUUUUGCAGGUUGAGACUCAUAAAAAAAUCGAAGAUGCAGAAAGAUAUCCUAUCAAUCAAACGGACAAGCACAAACUUUUUCAAGGUUACCAAUGUGAAGUUUGCACAGAUUUGGCUGACGCCGAAGUGAAGAAAGAAAAUUUUCUGUUACUUGGGGCUUUUAUUCUACUAAUUGUGGCUAUUAUUAUUCUAUUAACUGCUAUUUUAUUUAAAGCUUCUUGUCGCUUUCCCCGCUUCAUUGCCAAGGCUAAUAACAUCUAUCGCUGUGAUAUAAGAGAUUCAACUAUCACUCAUCAUUCAUAUUAUUAA